UAUAUUAUAUAUAUUUACAAUACUUAUAUUGUCCGCUACGACUGUAUAUGGUUCGGGGAAUGCUAAAGCCGAUUCUGAUCCGAUUUUGUCGGCUAUAGAAAAUUUGUCAGACAGGAUGGAAAGGGUCUUGCAAGAAGUGGCGGAUUUGAAACAAUCUUCGAUCGAAACCAAAGCAAAAAUGUACGAACUGCAUGGUUUAUGUCCGGUGAGAUACAACAACAAAUGUUUUUUUGCCGUCAUCGACUUCGAUUUAGGAGUUAAAUUUGACAUCGCUGAAUUUCUCUGCUACGAAAAAGGCGCGAAAUUGGCAAACAUAUACUCUGAGAAACAUUUGGAGGCAUUAGGGGAUUACAUCAGACCUUAUCUCGUGCUUGGAAAAGGAGAAAUAAGUGGAGUCAGUGUGCACACUGGGAUGAAAUUCAACCCGAUAACCGCAAUCAUCACUCUCACUGACGGCACCCAAUCAGAUCUGAAUCGAUGGUUUUCAGGUCAUCCAUGGUACGAGCCUGACAGAACAAUAAUUGAAUUGUAUACACGUAAACUUGGAGACUCGUACGAAGUAUCCCAUUAUGACGCAUCAGUGUUGUAUGAUUAUCAUGGCGCACUUUGCGAGAUAGAUCUUGCAUAACUUAGAUAAAAUAUAGUAUUCAAUUCCUUAUUUUAUUAAUUACUAAUCUACUUUCAUGACCUUAAUUGAUGUAUUUGCGUGGAUGGAAUAAUUUCAACGUACUACUGCAAACUUACUUUAAUAAUAUAAAUAUACUAAUACUGAUUACGAUGUGAACUUGCGAAACCUCUUGGA